AUGGCAACGGCCAAAUCAACCCGCGCUGAUGCAAGUGACUACAAAAACGAUUUCGCACCCGAAAUCCCUAGCAACGCAGGAAAAGGCCCUGUCACCGCAAAAUAUGCCGGUGCUACCUUGAAGAUCUAUGUAACCUGUGCCGUACUGGCACUGGCUUCUUUUGUUUUUGAUGCAAACCCGAGGUUGCAGCAUGCAGGUCUAGGACUGCUAAUUCCCGGUGGCUCCUUUCUCGGUGUUGGUGGUUUUUGGCUGUUGGGUUUCCCUGUGACAAUGGCACUUUUCGCAUUGAGCUCGUUUCUUUGGUUUGCCACUGGCAACACAGUUGCGCCGUUCUUGACAUGGCCAGGACUGGCUCUCAUCAUGGCUGCUUCCCCGAUCGCGGCAGAAAGAACACCCUAUAGUGUGUUUAUCACUCCCCUGCUUGCUACAGUGGCGUAUAGAUUUAUAGUUCACUUCGGGAAUAAAGACGCAGCCGCAGCCUUAGAAAACCGUCAGAAGAGGAACAGCUAUCUACCCGCGGUUGUCCAGCAGCUGGCUCGCGAUGCCGUAGCUCCCGCGUCACCCGAAGACAUGGAGCUCCAACCAGAGGAAUUGGGCCAACUGCGAUACUUUAUCGAAGUCGCCAACCAAGACAAGGAUGAUUGGUCAAACUUCACCGAAAUUGAGCAGUUCCAAACCUCGGCUUUGCGAUAUCAGCUCAAUGAGCUGAGUUAUGCCUUGUCGUUCGCGAACAAACUCUAUACGCCUUCGUUCCGUGGAGGAUAUCUCCAAGAAGCACAAAAGAACGUGCUACUCAAGUACUGCCAGAAGAAAGUCCUCAACUAUUGGAAAUGGGAGACUCUAUGGGGGAGGCUGUCAACCGACUAUCACCCGUACAAUGUGGAUAAUAUCAUGCUGACUGGGUUUUACCUCCUUGCCUUGGCCAUGUACGAGGGUGCUACCGGAGAUGAUUGUUUUUCAAAAGCAAAUGCUCUGCAUUUACCGAUUGAUGAUACUCAUAUCUUCAAAGCAUCCUCCACCUCACUAGCAGCCGCGUUAAUUAACAACUUUCGGAACUCUGAUUAUUGUCUCUAUGCUUGUGAGCCGAAUUGGAUCUACACUUUCUGCAACCUUCAAGGCCUCAAUGCACUGGUAGCAAAUGACUCCAAUAAGGGCACCUCGGACGCUGAAAAGAUCAAAGAGCAGUUCCGCCAGAGUUUCAUCGAAGAUUUCAUGGCAGCCGAUGGAAGCGUACACCCUAUAAGAUCAUAUUUGACUGGUCUUCGCAUUCCAGGAUUAGUCGGCGCGGCAAACGAUUUUUCAGUGUCAUGCUUAUCCGGCGCUAUCUUUCCCGACAUUUCAAUCCGAUCAUAUGCCAUCUCUCGCAAGGAGUAUACUGAGAUUGACGAAAAAGACAAUCUGGUAUUUAAAGGGCUCCAAGGUGCCGAUUUGAUGGAUCCGGGAAACUAUCAAGCCUCCAAAGCAACCCUCUAUGCAACAAGCCUUCUUGCUGCUCGAGAACAUGGAGACAAAGUUGCUGCGGACUCGGUCUUGAAGUUAAUAGACUUCUGCAAAGAGUUCAAGCGGAUCGAGAAAGAUGGUGUCAUCUGGUACGACAAGGUGUCGCUUUUGAUGAAAGGACAGCUUUUUCGUGGACGCAUCAACACCACAAAAGGGUGGUUUAGAGCUAUCACAGAACCUCUGAGCGAUGCGAUCAAAAAGGGGCCAUACUUAUGUGAAGCCAAGUAUCCAGAGGUGCUUGUUGCGAAAGCAAUCUCGCACACCGGCACCGAUCUUGAGCUGGUCUUGUACCCAGGAACCAAGAAGAGGGAUGUUUCGCUACAGUUGAAAGAGCUCAUUUCGAAUACAACUUACGUGAUGGGCGAGAAAGGCCAGUUCAACUCAGAUGCGCUGGGUCAGGCGGUGAUCUCUGUCACUCUGGAUGGCAGGACCCGUCUGCACAUUACCAAAUUGUAG